CCAUCGUCCUUCACAUGAAUUUUUAACUACAAACAAAAAUAAAAGUAGAUAUUUUGGGACAAUUAUGGCGGCCAGUGUCAAAGGAAAAAAACUCCUUUUACUCAUUAAAAAAUUAGAAAUCAAAUCGAUUUCCGUGUUUUUCCAAUUCCCGUAGUUUCUCUUUUUUAAUCUUGAGGGAUUAAUUUGUCAAAAGCUUCGAGCUUUAGUCUCCCUCUUCCACUAAUGAGAACCCUCUCUUUCUUGCCGGGUUUUCUUCGCAGAAGAAUCUUCUCUGUCAUUGCUGCCAAAUUGGAAUUUCGCUACUUGAAUAUUAGUUCGCGCGAGUUCGGAAUUCAAAGUCGUCCAAUUGGGUCAUUUCCUUUUUCAUCUUCCAUGAAGAAAGUUGAAUACUUUGUUGAAUUGGAUGUGAUCUGGGCAAGAAUGAGUUCGUCUUGUGAUGGCGAGGAAAAACCUGAGAUUGAGGAUUCUAAUGGCGGAAAAACUAGGGUUUCAUACCCUCUUGAUGUUUCCACAUCUAGAAGAACUCUGCUUAGUGAUGGAUAUCCUAGGAGAUGGGCCUUUGGUUCGUCGCCUGAUGCUUCUAGCAGGAUCAAGCUUCUGAAAUUCGGGUCACCAUCUGAUGAGUUCAAGGGAAUUGCAGGGCAGAGGGAUGAGGUUUCACGUCCAGCGACAUCAUGUUCAAGUGGCCACAGUUUCCGGGAAAGAAUCAGUGGAGUGUUUUCCCGGAAAAUCGAGUGGGUUUCUCUGAUGAAGAUGUGCAAGAAAUGGCUUAGGAACCCAAUGAACAUUGCCCUUUUCAUAUGGAUCUUAGCUGUUGCAGUCUCUGGUGCAAUUCUGUUCAUGGUCAUGACCGGAAUGUUAAACAGGGCUUUGCCCAAGAAAUCCGAAAGAGAUGCUUGGUUCGAAGUUAACAACCAAAUCCUCAACGCCUUGUUCACUCUAAUGUGUUUGUACCAACACCCGAAAAGAUUCUACCACCUCGUUCUUCUCUGCAGAUGGAAAAAACCUGACGAUAUUACGAGACUGAGGAAGAUAUACUGCAAGAACGGGACAUACAAGCCGCACGAACGGACACACAUUAUGGUCGUGAUCAUGUUACUUCAUCUGAACUGUUUCGCCCAAUACGCUCUCUGUGGUCUGAACUUAGGGUAUAAAAGAUCAGACAGACCUGCCAUUGGAGUAGCCAUUUGUAUCUCCACUGCAAUAGCCGCUCCUGCAAUCGCGGGUUUGUACACUGUCCUCAGUCCACUCGGGAAGGAAUAUGAUCUGCAUGUGGAUGUGGAAAACCGAGUCCAGAGCACAGAAGUUUCGGUUAAUCACAGGUUGAAAUCCCCAGAGAGGAGAUAUUCAUUUGCUUCCACGGAUGACAUGAGAGUUCCCGUGAGAAAUCCUCAAUGGCGGGGAGGAAUUCUCGACAUAUGGGAGGAUAAUUCGUCUGCUUAUCUCUCUCUUUUCUGCACGUGCUGUGUCUUCGGGUGGAACAUGGAGAGACUCGGGUUUGGCAACAUGUACGUUCAUGUGGCAACGUUUAUCCUCUUCUGUACCGCUCCUUUCUUCAUAUUCAUAUUGGCUGCGGUCAAUAUCGAAGACGAAAUGGUGAGGGAGGCACUCGGGUUUGUUGGAAUCGUCCUUUGUUUAUUCGGGUUGCUCUAUGGCGGGUUUUGGAGAAUCCAGAUGAGGAAAAGGUUCAGAUUACCGGGUUAUAACUUCUGUUUGGGUAAACCGAUGUUGUCGGAUUGUACACUCUGGUUGUUCUGUUGCUGGUGCUCUCUUGCACAGGAAGUCCGAACUGCGAAUUCUUACGAGAUAGUAGAAGACAAGUUUUGCCAUAACCGACCACCAUUGGUAUCGCCUUUGCCUCGUGAGGACGGGGUUUUUGAUCCGAGGUCUGGUCCCGGAAUGUUGUCCAGCCCCCCGAGGAGGUUUUGGAAAGAGUCUCGAAGCCCGAAUUCUCAGAUCAUACUGAAGGAACGAGAUAAAAACGACAAUGCUCUAACUCCACCUUCUCCCGCUUGCAUAGACAGAGAAGCUUGCUAAUGCCCGAAAGCCUACGUUCAUAUUUUCAGAAGAAACCAUUGCUGGUUUGGUGCUUUCUGAAUUCAAGUUUCUCUCUUUGAGUUUUUACCUGCAUUUCGUGGUUUCUUUCUUCUGUAAACUCCAUUAUGCAGAUUUAUUAUUUUAAAAUAAAUAAAUAAAUAAAUAAAUAUUCUGCCCGUAAGUUGUAGAA